GGAUCACCCAGGACAUCUACUCCAUUUGGUACAGCGCAUGGCAGAGAGAAAAGAGUGUCUAAUGAUGUGGAAAACUAUUACAGACCUUCAAUGCUUGAGGACCCAUGGGCUGGCCUAGAGCCAGUUUCUGUUAAAGACAUAAACCAACAAUACAGCAGUGAGCAAACAACAUAUACUGGUAAAAAAGGGAGGUAUUUCAGCUAACACUUUUAAAGGCCAAAUAACUCCAUCUUGUCAGGAAAACUUUGGGACAAAAUCUUUACACUUACCCAAGAUGAACAAUAAUCAAGACCUUAAUGGUUUUAUUUGAUCCCACGUCCACCCUUUUAUCCUACUUUUGGUUUUUAUUGCAUUGGAUAUUUUUAUGUAUGGGAGGGAAAAGGAGUGGUAGGAAAACUUACAUUUCUGGUUAUGUGGAAGUGCCUACCAUCUUUGAAGAACAAAGUGUUCUUUAAUCACCAGCGACUGAUUUGUGACUGUUAAAACAGGUUUCCAUAUAUUUACCUCUCUUCCAUGCCAGAUUGUUAGCUUUUUAUUGUAAACUCCUUUAGGAAAUGGUAUUUUUUUAUGUUUCAACAUUUUUAGAAUGAGUAACUUGGAAAUAAAAUGGAAGUUUUGUAAA